AACACGGUCCUGCUGUCAAAAUCACAUCUUAUCUAGAAAAAAUGAAGACAGGAUCACAACAUGAGUCAGAGUUCCCAGCUGGUGUGAAAAACUGGACAAAGGAGCAAGUGGCCGAGUGGUUACUGCAGCACGGGAAGGUCGAUGGCAGGAAGGCAGAACGAUUCAAAGAGGAAGACGUGUCUGGAGAUUGCCUUGUUUGCUUCGGGAAGCAGGAUUUCCUGGAUCUGGAGCUGAAAAAGGGUCCUGCUGUAAAGAUUCUGAAAGAGCUGGAUCAACUGAAAAAUAAACCAGAGCCGACACCGUGUCGCGUCCUUCCUAUCGGCACAGAGCAAAAUGAAUCUCUGCAGAAAAAUCUGCCACCGGAGAAACCUCCAAAACAGAAGAAAACUCCUAAAGAGGUGGAGGCACUAACGCCACAAAGGAAGACAAAAGAAACAGCUGAGAACCCGUCUGUGGUAAUUAAAACCACCCUGGAUAAACUGGGAAGAAAUAAACUAAAAUCUUUUAAAUUCCACCUCAGAAAUUACAACAAGGAAGGCUAUAACUCUGUUCCUCAGAGCAAACUGGAGGAUAAAGACACGGUGGACAUCGCUACCUUACUGACCGCUCACUAUGGCUGCGAGGACGCUUUACAGGUCACACGAGACAUUCUAAAGAAAAUAAAUCAGCGUGAUCUUGGUUCGCAGCUUGAGAGCACGAUUGGAGUGAAGGAGACUCGCGCAAGUUCUACUGAAAGUGAGGAGGAAACGGACGAGUCAGAGACGCCUCCAAGAACAAAUCGUAAAAAACGGAAGAAAAAGAAAAAAAGAUCUUGUCUUUGUUUCAUAAAUGUCAAAAUACAUUUACCGUCCUGCUUUGACCAAUCAUCCUUACACUGUGGUGGCAGCCAAACGUUAGAAGGAGAAGAGCUUGAUUUGAACUCACAGAGCCCAAAAUUGUUCAAUGAUAAAUAAGUAAAUAAGCUAAUAAAGUUAUAGAACAGUAAUUAAUGCUAGAAUAUUUUAUAUUUUGAAACCUGCAUCAUUUAUGUUUGCAAGCUAGAAGUCUUAGUUUGUAGACCCCAGGAAGGAUAGCUGUUGCUUCGGCUACAGGGAUCUAAUAAAUGAAAUCGGACCCUCGAGGGGCAUAUGCCCCCUUUUGUAGAUUUUAUAGUUAAAUGCAUUAAUCUGGGGCCGUAUUACAGAAAGUCUUAAGUAAAGACAG